AGAAGAGCUUCCCCAAUUUGCUCUCAGUGUGCUCUUUGGCCGGCGAACAUGUCUUUCGUGGACACCCUGCGGCAGUGGGACGAGGCUGUGACCUGCGCCGACAGACAGGACUGGCCGGAAGCCCUCAGCAUCUUCCUGUCCAUCCAGGAACCCAACUCCAAAAUCUGUUUCGACAUCGGCUGCCUCCACCUCCGCAACCAAGACCUGGACGCUGCUGAAAAGGCGUUUGAUUGCAGCAUACGCAAGGAUGAGCACUUGGCAGUCGCCUUCUUUCAAAGAGGAAUCACCUUUUACAAACAGAAAAGGUAUGAGGAGAGCUCAGCAGAUUUCCAGAGAGCUUUUAAAGCUCUCCGAAACAACCAGCUGAUCGAUUACAAGGCGCUCGGUCUCAGAUACAUCCUGUAUGCAUGUGAGGUUCUCCACAACAUAGCUCUGGCUGAGGCUCAGCUGGGCAACUGGGAAAACGCCCAGAAAAACCUGGCGAAGGCCCUCGACUACAAAACGGAGGCCAAGCUCAGCGUCAUCGACAGAGCUUUGCAGGCGACUCUGAAACGGAAGCUUUUCAAGCUGGUCGAGUUCCCUUCAAAGACUCUGUUCAAACCGAACAAGCACUACGUAGCCGAGCUGGAGAAGAAGGACUAUCUGGGCAAAGCAAAGGUUGUUGCCUCCGUCGUUCCACAAGACGAGUUCUCUGGAUUUGCCCCGCUGCAGCCGCAGGUUGAAGAUGGUCCAGCUGCUCCAAAAGAACCAGAGGUCCUGAGAGCGCUGGAAGGGGAGGCGCACACCGUGCUGUUCGAGUUUGUUCCAGAGACCAGCGAUGAGUUGGCUGUAGUGCCGGGCAACAUUGUAUUUGUGUUGCAGAAAGGGACCGACAACUGGGCAUAUGUGGUCUUCAAUGAACGGAAGGGACUCGUUCCGUACAACUACCUGGAGCCAACCCUGGACAUCUCCCUGGGUUCUAAAAAAAUCAAGGGCGUGGCCAGACUUCACAGUCGAGACCCUCCGAGAAUACCGGAGAGGAUUCAAGGUCUUAGUCCUGGCCGCAGCGGGAACACUCAGCAGCAGCCAGAGGACAAUUCUUGUUUUGUCAAAAUCCGCUUCACCUUCAACUUUGCCGUAUCGGUGCCGUCUGGGUCUUCUUACGUGGUUCUGAUAGAGAAAAUCAGCAAGAAGCUGAAUCUCAAUUCUACUGCCAUCACCUUGAGCUCGGAUUCUCGGGGGAAAAAUCUCAUCGAUAACAACACGGAGAUGGAAGACGUGUGGAGUCGUGCUGAGGAUGGGCGCAUCAUCUUAUGGUGUACCACCAAAGAGCAAAGUGAUGGAAAGCCACAGAAGGAGGUUUACUUGGUGGCGCUUCACUCCUACAACUCUUCGAACCCAGAAGACCUGAGCCUCCAGGAAGGAGAUAAAAUCAAAUUGCUCUCCAAAGUAAACCAGGAUUGGCUGGAAGGGCAGUGUAAUGGGAACACUGGUAUAUUCCCUGCAUCAUUUGCAGCAGAAGUUCCUAUGGAUGGACAAUGACUUAAUGCAAAUUGAAUUUGUAUUAU